UUAACAAAGUGCCACUUGGGAACAAGCUAAGGUCCAACUUGACAACCUGCCAAAACCAAUUUCACCAAUACGAUCUUAUUUUCAAUGAUUUUACUUCUAUAAAAUUUUAUCCAAAACCAUCAUGAGCAUCACUAACACCACUGCCCUCCUCCGUGUCCACAACAUCACCACCACUUCAUCCCACACCAAACUCUUGUUUCCAGUAACCAGAGCUAUAUCUUCAGCUAAAGAAUCUCAAACCGUGACAAAUCGGAGAAAGUUUGUGACAAUAUUGUUAGCAACUUCACUGGCACUUGGGCUGCAGGGCGUUGGCGUUCCUCUGGCACUAGCUGAGAAUUGGGGGACACGUUCGUUUAUAAAGGAGAGAUUUUUCCAACCAGGGCUAUCACCGGAAGAUGCAGUGGCAAGAAUCAAGCAGACAAGGGAAGGGUUGCAUAGCAUGCGGGAGAUGCUAGACCGCAUGGUAUGGGGGUAUGUCAUGAAGUAUAUUCGGUUGAAGUCAGCUUAUCUUUCUGAGGAUUUGAAGAACGCCAUGACUACGUUGCCACAGGAGCUCAGGAAGGAGUAUGUGAGUAUAGCCAAUGAAUUGAUUGAUAACAUUGCUGAGUUUGACUAUUAUGUUCGUACGCCCAAGGUCUACGAAUCAUACCUAUACUACGAGAAGACAUUGAAAAAUCUAGAUGAUAUUGUGGCAAUGUUCACUUAGUGGAAGGCUUAUGAUCUGAAUGUUCUAUGUUAUUGAGGCUUGAAUCUUCACAACAAUAUUGUUAUUUUAUCUGUUUCUAUAAUUAAUUUUGUUCUCCAGUAA